AUCAUUGCUGUCAAAUAAUAAAACGUGAAUUUUAUCCAUUUAAUCAAAUUAAAGCUCAAUAGCUCAUAAACGUUAAAAAUAACUGGUCCUUAUAAAAAGUACAAUACAAACGUUUUUAACAAAGUGAAUGUCAAUUUGUAAAUAUCAUGGCAGAAUCCCUUGCCGAUAGUGCAAAGAAUCCAGAAAGUGAAGUAACCAAAAACAGACCAGUAUGUUUGAUUAUUUUGGGAAUGGCUGGUUCUGGAAAAACUUCAUUCGUUCAUCAAUUAUCAGUAUUUGAAAAUAAAAUUCACAAACCAUAUUUAAUUAAUCUGGAUCCAGCUUGUCGAAAUCCGCCGUAUCCUUGUAAAAUUGAUAUUAGAGAUACAGUCAACUAUAAGGAAGUAAUGAAACAAUACUCUCUUGGUCCAAAUGGUGCCAUUGUAACUUCACUAAAUUUAUUUGCAACAAAAUUUAACGAUGUGAUUAAUUUAAUAGAGAAAUCGAAUCCUGAACAUAAAUUAUGCGUUUUUGAUACACCAGGACAAAUUGAAGUAUUUACAUGGUCAGUUUCUGGAACAAUUGUUACAGAAAGUUUAGCUUCAUCAUUUCCGACAGUCGUUGUAUAUGUGAUGGAUACUGUGCGAUCCGUAAAUCCCGUUACUUUUAUGAGUAAUAUGCUUUAUGCAUGCUCAAUUUUGUACAAAACUCGUUUACCGUUUAUUAUUGUUAUGAAUAAAACCGAUGUUGUUGAACAUAGUUACGCUGUUGAUUGGAUGAAUAAUUUUGAAUCAUUUCAAGAAGCUUUAGAAGAUGAUGAUAAAUUAGAAUCAAAUGGUUACAUGAAUAAAUUGACGCAUAGUAUGUCUAUAGUAUUAGAUGAAUUUUAUCAAGGUUUAAAAGUUUGUGGUGUUUCUGCACUUACCGGUGAAGGAUUUGAUGAAUUUUAUAAAUUAGUUGAAGUUGCCGCUAAAGAAUAUGAAACAGAUUAUCGCGUUGAAUGGGAAAAAAUACGAAAUGAAAUGAAAAAUAAAGAAAGUCAAAAAUAUCAGGAAAAAUUAGAGAAAUUAGCAAGUGGUGAUGUUAAAGUGCCUUCGAAAAAUUUUAUUUCUGAAGUUUGGUCUGGGAAGGAUCUUACUGAUGUGUAUUUGAAACAUCCGGCCAAUGAAAGUAGUGAAGACGAAGAGGGUGAAGAAGAAGUAAAUCCGCACGAUUCAGGUGAAGAAGAAAAAAUGGAGGCAGAAUCAUUUAAAACGUUUUUAGAAAAUCAAGUACAACGACAGAAAAAUAGAACAAUAUCAAAUACGAAUCAACCAUCAACGUCAAAAAAAUAAAAAUUUAAGUUAUAUUAUAUUUAAAAAAAUAUUUUUA